UAUGUUGUCCUCAAUUUGAUGCUAUGCUGGUGACCCUCAUAGGGCAGUCUAGCAAAUACUCUGGGGUGCUAGCUUUGAAUAUAACUCGUUCUAAUCAUUGCUUCUCUGAUGUUCAGAAGGUCCUUGUCAGAUGGAAACCAUAGCUUGCCUGGGCCGACCGCUAGGAUCAAUGAUUGCAAGAAUAUUGUCCUUCGUUGGCUGGCUAGUAAAGUUGACCCAUCCACUGCAAAUAGUGUUUUUAGAGGACUCUCAAACUGCAACCUAAACAAAGUAUGCCCAUUGGUUUUUCCAAAUGUCACAAGUGUUGUGAAAGAAUGCGGGAAUCUCAUAAAUAACCAAACAGCUUGCUGCAAAGCCAUCAAAAGUUAUGUGUCCUAUUUGCAAGAGCAGAGCUUUUUAACCAAUCUGCAAGCCUUGAAAUGUGCUACAUCACUUGGAAAGAAAUUGCAGGAAGCAAAUGUCUCCAAAAAUAUUUAUAAUCUUUGUCGUAUAAGCCUGAAGGACUUUUCUCUUCAAGUUGGGUUGCAAGAAUCUGGCUGCCUUUUGACGAGUUUGCCAUCAAAUGCAGUAUUUGAUGGAACUUCUGGGAUCGGAUUCAUUUGUGACCUUAAUGACAACAUUGUAGCUCCAUGGCCCACAACAUCAUAUUCACUUCCAUCCUCAUGCAAUAGAACUACAAAACUUCCAUCUCUUCCUACAGCAACGUCUUCACAAAAUGGUAAGAACCAUACUACUGUACUUCUACAAACUGGUUUUUCAGGUCUGAUCAUCUCUUCAUUUCAAAGCAAUGGCAGUUGUAAAAUAUAGGGUCAGUUAGUUUUAAAUUGAUUUUUCUCUCAAAAUCAAUUCUACUCUUUACAAAAUUGAUUCUUACAACUCCAAAAUCUACCCAAGCAAUCCAAGUACUUUUAAAACCCUUUUUCAAGGAUGAGAACGUGAUUAUGAAGUCCAACCAAACAUGUACAUAAAAGGUUCCUUCUCUCUUCUUUCAUGUAUGAUCCAUAUAAUCAUUAAAGAGGCAGAUGUCUAAUAUAUAAGAGCUAUGAAAUCAGUUUGUAUUUUCA